AUGGCGUCCCUAAAAGAAGAAACCGUGAACCCUCUACGGCCGUACUACCGGCCUCCCACGAUCGAACAGCAGGCCGAACCGGUAUCGAUCCCCAGCUCGAAUCCGUUUUCCGGUGGCAACAGCUACGAUGUGGCUAGCGGCGCCAAAUACGCCUCCAAAGCGAAGCACAUGCUCAAUGAUCUCGACUACAAGGGGUUGGUUGGCGAGCCAUCGCCGUCGGUCGUCGAAAGUGCCAGAGAGCUUGUUGACGAGCUGAUAUGGAAGUACCUGUCCGUACUGAUUGGGCAGCCUUUCGAGGUUGCCAAGAUGAUCUUGCAGGCUCGGGAUCAAGACGAAAAAGCUGCCGUUACAGUGGCUGCAGAGCCAGAGGCAGCUCCUGCACCUCAGGUACCAAGUCGAGCUGGCUCGGCAUUUGAUGAGGAUUCUGACGGGGAGGAGCCGGCAUACUUCACAUCGAACGAUCCCACCAUACCGAAUCCCUGGAACCAAAACCAGCCCCAGCCCGAGAAGCGACCUAGUAGUCGGCGCACAGAGUCGCCUCUGCAGUCUCCAACAACGCCGAAGAAAGAAGUAGUUCUUCCCGAGCACUUUUUAAAUCUUCGCCGGCCCGACGCUAUUCUCGACGUCAUUGGGCAGCUAUGGCAGAGGGAUGGCGCAUGGGGAGUAUGGAAAGGAGCGAAUGCAACCUUUCUGUACACCGUUCUACAGUCUUUGCUAGAGAACUGGUCAAGAAGCUUCCUGAGCGCCGUCUUCAAUGUGCCGGAUCUGGGGGUGAAAGACAGCAUCGAUCGUGUUGUCGACAUUGCUUCCCCGUACCCUUGGGCCUCAUUACUUGUGGCUGCCGCCGCGGCUGUCACGACUAGCCUUGCCCUUGCGCCUUUAGAUCUCAUCCGCACGAGAUUGAUUCUCACCAACCCCUUCAAGGGACAGCGAAGGACGAUUGCAAGCCUUCGAGCUCUUCCGUCCUACUACUGCCCCCCCGCCAUCGUUGCUCCUACCAUCCUCCACUCCCUCAUCAACCCCCUCUUCACUCUAUCCACUCCCUUGGCUUUAAAAACCAAAUUUAUGGUCACAAGCGAGCUUGCGCCCAUGACAUUUUCCGUUGCAAAGUUUGUUGCCUCUUCAGUUGGAAUUCUGAUUAAGCUUCCGCUAGAGACCGUUCUGCGCCGAGGUCAGCUCUCCGUGCUCUCUGAGCCUGAGUAUUUGGAAGCUCUCAAUGACGGCGAACCGGCUCUGGAGACCAUUGUGCCCAUUGGGAAAUACUACGGCGUCUUCGGUACAAUGUAUCACAUCGUCACCGAAGAGGGCAAUCGGGAGAUUCCACCCAAGCCCGUAGUAAGCAAGCGAGGCAAACUCAAGACCAAGAACCUCCAGCCGACAUACAAGAAGGGUCAAGGCAUGGAGGGUCUCUGGAGAGGAUGGCGAAUCGGCUGGUGGGGACUGGUUGGCCUCUGGGGAGCGAACAUGGUUGGACACGGCGGCGAUGGUGAGUUCUAG